AUGUUCCGCCAAUUAUUCGCAGGCGCCCCGGUGCAGCGCGCUCUUCCGAUCCCGGGCGCAUCAUUCAAGGCUCCAAUCGCUCGACAGCCAUGUCUCCUCUCUAAGCAAAAUCCUACAUCUCCUACCACUCGCGCCUUCUCCCAGACCUCUCCCGCCUGCUUCACACCCUCCGCGAUCCAAAGGUCCUCUCCAUUUCGCCUCUCCUCUGAAAAGCAUCCAUACCCCUACCCCGAAGACGACCCCUACAGCCAAUACCAGCCCAAACGAAAAUGGCCGCCGGAUAUGUCAAAGCUCUCGCAAAAGCACCAGUUCCGUCUGGAGCGGAAGUACCGCCGGCGCGCGGCGCUCAAAUAUGCGCGUCCGAACUUCAUUAAGAUGGUAACCCUAGCUCAAUGGAUCAUCAUUGGAUUUGUUGGUAUCUACGCUGUGCUUUUCAUGGAAUGGGAUACCAAGGAUACGCCGUUCGACGGGAUCCGUGAGAGUGUUUUCUCGAGUGUAAGGGCAGUAUCUCUCCUCGCCCCCGCCUCCCGGUCCAGCGAAGCGGUCGGAUGA